CCGCCUCCUGCGUUGCCAUGGCACAGCGCACUUCCGGAGCGGGGGUUCCGGCGGGGCCGCGGCCGCGGGUUGCCGUUCCGGUCCCGUCAUGGCCUCCGCUGGCCGCCGAGACGCGCCCGAGGCGCCCGACUUCGGCAUCCUGAAGCGGCUGGCGCGGGACCAGCUCAUUUACCUGUUGGAGCAGCUCCCCGGGAAGAAGGACCUGUUCAUCGAGGCCGACCUGAUGAGCCCCCUGGACCGCAUCGCCAACGUCUCCAUCCUCAAGCAGCACGAGGUGGACAAGCUGUACAAGGUGGAGAGCCGGCCUGCCGCCGGCGCCAGCGACCAGUGGUCCCCGGGCAGAGCUGCUGAGGGUCCAGGGCACAAGGGGCCUCUCACUGCCUCUGCCAUGGCAGGUUCUGCUUCCUCGUCCGGCCGCGGAUCAGAACGAUGCGGUACAUCGCUGAUAUUGUCAAUGCCGACAAGAUGUCAGGGAGGAGCAGGAAGUACAAAAUCAUCUUCAGCCCCCAAAAGUUUUAUGCUUGUGAGAUGGUGCUGGAGGAAGAAGGAGUCUUUGGUGAUGUCACCUGUGACGAGUGGUCCUUCUACCUGCUCCCCCUGGACGAGGACAUCAUCAGCAUGGAGCUACCCGAGUUCUUCCGUGACUACUUCUUGCCUGCCCAGAGCUCUCGUGGUCCUGCAGGAGGGAGAUCACCGCUGGAUCAACUCCAUCGCUCGAGCCCUGCAGUUGCUGAACUCCCUGUACGGCCCUUUCGGCAGGGUCUAUGGGAUCGGCAGAUGUGCCAAGAUGAGCUACGAGCUGUGGUGGGACCUGGAGGGGGAGAGCGAGGGCGAUGGCCAGGGCAGGAAGCCUGAGAUUGGCAACGUCUUCCUCAUGGACAGAGACACUGACUACGUGACGGCGCUAUGCUCCCAGGUGGUGUAUGAGGGGCUGGUGGACGACACAUUCCGCAUCAAGUGUGGGAGCGUGGAUUUUGGACCAGACGUCACCUCUUCUGACAAGAGCAUUAAGGUGCUGCUCAAUGCCCAGGACAAGGUCUUCAGCCAGAUUCGCAACGAGCACUUCUCCAGCGUGUUCGGGUUCCUGAGCCAGAAGUCCCGUAACCUGCAGGCACAGUACGAUCGGCGCCGCGGCAUGGACAUCAAGCAGAUGAAGAACUUCGUGUCCCAGGAGCUGAAGGGACUGAAGCAAGAGCAUCGCCUGCUGAGCCUGCAUAUUGGUGCCUGUGAGUCCAUCAUGAAGAAGAAAACCAAGCAGGACUUCCAGGAGAUGAUCAAGGCUGAACACUCUCUCCUGGAGGGCUUUGACAUCCGUGAGAGCACCAGCUUCAUAGAGGAACACAUUGACCGGCAGGUGUCCCCCAUCGAGAGCCUGCGCCUCAUGUGCCUCCUGUCCAUCACGGAGAACGGUCUCAUCCCCAAAGACUAUCGCUCCCUCAAAACCCAGUACCUGCAGAGCUACGGCCCUGAGCACUUGCUGACCUUCCACAACCUGAAGCGCAUCGGGCUGCUGACAGAGCAGGUGGCUGGGGAGACUCUGACUGCAGUGGAGAGCCGGGUCAGCAAGCUGGUGACCGACCGGGCAGCCGGGAAGAUCACGGAUGCGUUUAAUUCUUUGGCCAGGAAGAGCAACUUUCGAGCCAUAAGCAAGAAGCUGGGGUUGAUCCCCCGGCUGGACGGCGAGUACGACCUCAAGCUGCCGCGGGACAUGGCGUACGUCUUCAGCGGCGCCUACGUGCCCCUGAGCUGCAAGAUCAUUGAGCAGGUGCUGGAGCGCCGGGGCUGGCAGGGCCUGGAGGAGGUGGUGCGGCUGCUCAACGGGCACGAGUUCUCCGUGUCAGACAGCGCGGCCGAGGACAGCGCGGCGGCGGAGGCGCAGCGCGUGGUGCUCGCCGUGUUCCUGGGGGGCUGCACCUUCUCCGAGAUGGCGGCGCUGCGCUUCCUCGGCAAGGAGCGAGGGUGCAAGUUCAUCUUCCUGACCACGGCCAUCACCAGCAGCGCCCGCGUCAUGGAGGCCAUGACCGAGGCUCGGGCCUGAGGCCGAUAACGGCGGCUCCCGGCGCGGCACCGGGAGCGGGGGGGGCCCCGGUUUGGGCGGGGCCCGCCCUCCUACGGUCACGUGGUUGCCGUCAAACACGGAGCGCCGUUAUGUGUGACCU